UGUACAUUUUUCGAUUCGUCCGCGCUUAAUUCACUCGUACACCCGCGACGAUUCGGACGCGCGUUUUGUGCUCGCACGGGUACCACACACCACAACGGUGACAUUUCUUCCUUCAAUGCUUUGUUGUUCCACCUUAUCCCUGCAGCGUGAUGAGAUAAAACAAUAGAAUUCCUCCUGCCAAUGUAGCUGACUGACAAAACAGCGAGUCAACAGCUCAUUUCAUCUUCCACAUCUUCCGACGAUGCAACUACAUUCAGUGACAGUUUUAUACCCUCCGGUGGUGAAAUAGUGAAACAACAAAACGAAACAAAAAAAAACAAAAAAAAAUAAACCCAAGUGCAAACUCUAGUGCAAAUACCGACUACGUAAAGCCUACUGAGAGCGCGUUGCCAACAGCAGGGCAGCACGAGCACGACGAAAAAAAACGCUCUGCGAAACUGUGCGGCAGUUUCCAGCAUGAUAUCCUUUACGAUCAAACCAGCACUGGAAGGCGUUAGAACGACGACAGACGGACGUGUGAAGAACGUGCCAACAGCGGUCGCAGUGAAACCGGAAGCAGCAGCAGCAGCAGUCGCACUGUAGUGAGCGGCAGAGAAAGUAAUAAAACAAUCUACCAAACGCAAUCCGAGGGAGGAAAAAAAGGGAAAGAGUUCUGUCUGUCUGCAACGAGACGAGCGUAGGAAGAGCAAACACAUCAACUAGCGAAGAAGCAGCAGAACAAGAAAGGGCAACGUUCCACCAGCUCCACGCCAGCGAGAGAACGGAAAUCAUUCGAUUUUCUCUCGAUGAAAAUCCAAUCGAUAAACGAACGGAAAAGGCCUGCCAGCGCCUAAGGAGAGUACCAGGAUUCCAACCAAGCAUUUUGGUGGACCAUUAUAUCAAACCAUAGACAAUAAACUAGUCAACUGAAAAGGACGUUAAACGACAGUUUGCGAAAGAAGCCGAAGCACCCAAACAGCAAAAAUGAACACCGUACUGCUAGAAUCCCGGCCGUACCGGCCGUUCAAAUCGAGCGAGGAGUAUCUGUACGCGAUGCGCGAAGAUUUGGCCGAAUGGCUCAACACGAUGUAUCCGGACCUGCGCAUCAACGUGGAAAACUUUAUGGACCGACUGGAUACGGGCGUUGCACUGUGCAAGCAUGCCAACAACGUGCGAGUGGCCGCCGAACAGUACGUCGCCCGGCGCAUGGCACGGAACAAAUCCAUGACGAAAUCGAUCACAUCCGGGCUGGCCGGACCAAUCCUGAGCAUGGGCAACGUGCACUUUCUGGCCGCGGCCAAGAGUGGCACCUUUUUUGCCCGGGAUAACGUCUCCAACUUCAUCACCUGGUGCAGAAAAAGCCUCCAGAUUCUCGAGUGUCUGCUGUUCGAAACGGACGAUUUGAUAAUGCGCAAGAACGAAAAACACGUCAUCCUGUGCCUGCUGGAAGUUGCGCGUCGCGGUGCCAAGUUCGGUAUGCUUGCGCCCAUGCUGGUUCAGAUGGAACGGCAGAUCGAUCGGGAAAUAGCGGCCGACAAUCGGGCCAACGCGGGCGUCGGUUGCGGCACGCAGACCGAGGGCGGCGACGGCGAUGGUACCGGUAAUGGCGUCUCAACCGGGACGGAAACGGAGCUAUACGACAGUGACAGCGAGGAGGAGGACCACGAGUCGGAGUCGCCGAUGCUGAUGUACGGCCCACAGCCCCAGAUCGUCACGAACGAUCUGAAGAGCCUGGACGAAAUGCAAAUUGUCACCGGGCCGCGGCAUUCCACCCAGCACCACCGACGCCCAACAUCAUCCGGCCCAUCGGUCCAGCCGGCUCGGAAGGCUCGCCGUCGCUCGUGCCAAACGGUUCGUGAUCUGGUGGAAAAGUGCACCUGCCCGUCACAGUUCCCGAUGGUGCGCGUCUCGGAGGGCAAGUACAGAAUCGGCGAUACCAAAGUGCUCAUUUUCGUGCGGAUUCUUCGUUCACACGUGAUGGUACGUGUCGGUGGCGGCUGGGACACGCUUGCACACUACCUGGACAAACACGAUCCGUGCCGCUGUCGAUCGCAGCAUCGGUCGUCCGCCUCUGCCCGUCUGAUCACCAAAACUACCAACGCCAAUGGAAUCGAGCUGCACAAAGCUCAGGUUCAUUAUGAUCGUUCUGGUUCGCCGUGGAAAGCCAAUGCUACUCCCAGCCAGAACGGAUCGCCAAUCAAUAGCGGUACCAGCAACAACAGCAAUACUUUGUCACCUCCAGCACGUGCGCGAAGUCGCAGCCGCAGCCCCAGUGCGCAACGGCGCUUACCGACUGAAAAUGGGGAUAAACUCCAACCACCUGGAUCACCGUUGAAAACGUCCCGACGCUCGGUUUCACCGAGUCCUCGCCGUAUGCAGGAGAACAGUGUGGCCAACAAACGCAAACCGAGCGGAAUACAGAGCAGUGCUGCUGGCGGUGUAGUGCACUUUGAAUGUGAUAAGGAGCUGGUAGCACCGGUAGUUGGAGCGACGACGGUCUUACCGUCGGAAGAUGACAAGAAUCGUUACGAGAGCGUCAGCGAUAACGGUAGCGAGAUUAGUGAUGAGGGCUACCGCAGUCUGGGGCUGGUGCAGGGUGGCCAAACUGCAGGCCAAACAGCGAACGGUGCUGGCGGGCUGCGUAAAGGGUUCGGAAACAGUCAACAGUCGAGCGAAGAUGCAGAUACCAAUGCGCAUCUCGAGACGACCACUUCGGACUCGCAGGCAAGCCCAACCGAGGAUGAAAGCUCUACGAAAACGAACGACGAAGAUCUGACGCCGAUCUCGGACGAACUGGCAGUGGCGAACGGAUCGCCGGUCGUGCCCCACUUCGUCACCGAGCACGAUUCGCUCAUCGAUUGCCCGGACGGCGUGAUCUCGACCGGUCCUGCAUCCGGCUCGUUCGAAAGCUACGGCGUGUACGUGAACGAUGACGAGAUCACGGUGGACAUUGCGAAUGCGACCGGUUUGCGCAAGACGGGCUUUUCCGACCGUAUCCUGGACCGUACCAGCGUGGCUGCCUCUGCUGCCGCUACUGGUGGUGCUGGCGGUGUCGGUUCACGCAUUCCGCGUUCCCCGGUCGGGCCACGACGCAAGGAAAGUGCCGAAAGCACCGCCAGCGGCACGGUUACCGACGAGUUGACGGUGGCACCCGGGCUCCGCAAGCCAUCCAUCGCCAAAUCGGUCACGCGCAAACCGACCGCACUCGCCGGUUCCACCGCUGCGACGGGCGAAUCGUCGGCGAAGGAAACCAACACCUGGAGCGGACGAUCGAACAAGAAGCGACCAUCGCUCACGUCCCAGACGUUCAGUGCGGCGGGCAAGGCUGCUGGCGGCCCGCCAGCACCCGGACCGUUCACGCGCAAUUCACCCGUCCGUGCCUCGCUGGCAGCGGAACGCACAAUGACCGGCAGAAACAGGACGCCGAAAGCGACCGGAUCGGCCUGCACCUCCACCAACACGUCCCCGAGCAAGAGCUCAACGGACGCGGUGGCGUUGCUGCUGCAGCAAAUCAAAGACACGCUGGACUCGGGUACGAACGAUACGCAGAUCGUCGAGCGCGUAAGGCGGCUGGUAUCGCAAACGAGCGUACCGGACGAGCUGGUGGACGAUUUCACCACCGCCUGGGUACACUCCAAUGGCAAUCUCGAUCGGUCGAAGGUGAUGGUGGCAGGCGUCGGCACAGGCGCGUCCCCGUCCAAGCCACACUCCACACUGUCCAAGCGGGCAAGCACGCUCUCGAACGCUUCGGACAGUACGCAGUCCAACUGUCGCGAUUUAGCGUCCGUCGUUUCGCCUAGGCGUCUCGACAAGGGCCUGUCGAAGAUACCGGCUCCCGUUCGCUCCAACACGGGCCUGUAUUGACGAUGUGUGGCGUACCACCCUGUACGUCCGAACGGCGUGCUACCCUAACCAUAUCCAGAACCAGCAUGUGAGCGGACGUUCAAGCUAAACACGGUAUAUUUCCAUACCAGCAGCGCUGCUGCACUUCCGAUUAAGUUUGCUAUCGCAUUGUUAUGGACGACGAGAGAAGAAUGAAUUUCCCAGCCAGGCCCUUUUUGUAGCUGAAACGAUUAUUUGGAUUUUGAUUUACUCAAAACGGCUCGACCGUUUCUUAACUAACCGACAAACCUUCCGAGGGUUUCCCACAUUGUAUCUGGCUUAUUCUUUGUUUGAUACCAUAUCAGAUUUAAACUAGAGGGAUGGAAGUCGUUUUUGAUGACUGAACAGAGAGAGAGAGAGAGAGAGAGAGAGAGAGAGAGAGAGAGUUACUCCUUGAGAGGGAUGACAAUUGACAUGGUUAAAAGUUGGCGUUAUCAUUCCCGGAGUAUGACACGCAACAUCCUCAUGUUUGCCAUUUUUUGCGGUCCAUGUUUUGCUUCCCGUUGUUAUUGUGCUUAGGAUUGUUUUGUAGUUAAAAGAUGAUUUAAAGAAGAAAAAAAGCCGUGCUAUACAUACAACUUGUAAUGCCGUACCCUAUCAUUAUGCGCUUCCAUAUCGCAGCCUUGCGCGAACAUGCUCUUUUUCUCAAUAAUAAUUACUGGUGUUUUACGUUCCUAGCACGUGUUUACCCGAUAGAUGGCGAAUGGAAAUUAAAAAAAGCCACGUUAGGCGCUACCCAACCCAACUGCUAUGUGCAUUCACUAUCGUUUAUCUGGAAUAAAACUAAAACUAGACACACGUUGAGGGGGUAGGAAAAAACAGUAACUAAAGAUGCUUUUGAUCCCUGAGAGUGCUGACGAAUGACUGACUGUUUGCUUUUUACCGAGAUAGUUUAGGAAAGGAAGAAAAUAAGAUACGAAAUGUAGAAACCCUUUUUCACACUAGAAUGUAUGGACUGCUUAGUGGAAGGAGUUUUUUUUACUAGACCGUAUUUGAUAUCGGUGAAAAUUAACCGAAUUAGACAAAGUGCUUGCAGGAAAAGGCAUGUUUUAAUACGAACCGCCCUGAUACGAUGCGUCAAGUCUUUCCCAUUUUUAUGUAGCGUAACAAAUGCCGCAUUUUUUAAACAUUGCACAUUUCCCAUCUUUAUGCCCUUUCUGCCUUUAUGGGAGCAAAAUGAGAAGCGCUGUGCGUGUAAAGCAGUGCAAUUUCCACGAUCGCCACUAAACUACAAAUUAGGAAACAAAAAGUACGAAAUUCGUAGCGUCCAGCGUGAGUAGCGAGCCGGUUGAGGUACUGCUAUAGCCGUAUUGAGCAAGAUGAUAACAAUUCAUAUUAAAAUUGAUUGACAUUUACAGGCAAACAGGCAAAAAUUGAGUAAAAUGUAGCAUAGACUAUGAAACACGCGGUCAAUAGAAUAGUGGCUAGAAAGGACGGUUUGCAUGUUGGAUUCGAAAAAAAAAACGGAAAAGCAAUUCUACACACACCUUUAUCACCUGGUGAUAAGGAAUGUGACGAAGGCGAGGAAAAGCAAGAAAAGUGGGAUUGAGAAGCAUUAGGCAUAAUCAAAGAGUGCUGUGCAAUAUGAGUGCGCAAUAGUGUUAAGUUUGCUAAAGAGCGCAGUCAGGAUGACAAUUUACAAUUGAUGAAACAUAAAGAAAAAAAAAGUUACUAACAAAACGCGCAGUUCUUGCAAGAAAAUCAAAAAUCACGUUAAAAAAAUCACACUAUAAAACCUAGUUACGUACACAUUGUUUAAAGUUUUCUUUUUGCUGUUUGCUUUUAACAGUGUAUCAAGAAUUAAAAAAAGGUAGGACAGCAUAUGUAAUAAACUCCACUAUCUUAUUUGUGGCAAUAAUAAACGUAAAUAAACGUGAAACCUACAUCAUUGCAGUGA